AUGAAGGUACAAAAUGAUUCCAAUCUACUAUUGCCUUCACCAAGCAUAGAGAAACUGAAACCUAGAAAAAGAAAUGAAUUUGAAGCUCUAGAUGAUUUGAAUUUCGGUUCUCCCAAAAGAUAUUCCAAAGUAUUGCAGUUAAUGGAUAGUGGUGUACGAUCUCCAAUCAAGAAGAUAAGGAAACCAUCACCUCCACCAUCCGAUGCUUCACUUCAAAGUCCUUCUAGAACAUCUCAUAAUAUACCACCAGUGUCAACUCCCACCCAAUCCAACUUUCAACCUCGAGAAACACCAAAAUCUUCCCCAAGGAGAAAAUUGGAAUACAUCACAAGUCCUGGUAAAACCGAAAAAAGUGCUUGGGGCCAGAUUGAAGACCUCCAAUUGAAACCCAAAGUGUAUGAGAAAUCACCCCGGAAACAAAAGAAACAAGUCGACCUUAGUGAAGAGAUCUAUGAAAAAAUCAACCGAAUACCUAUCACAAGAUAUGAGAUUAAGAAUGCUCCAGACAAGACUUCCAAGCCCAUACCUGAAAGGGCCAUACCAGAGACCUCCAUACCAGAGAAAUCCAUGAAGACUUAUUCAGAAGAACGAUCGUAUUUACUUGAAAAUGAUCCUUUUGUUGAGAUCCCCUACAUGGAGCCAUCAACCACCAUAAGCAUCAGUGAGCUUAAACAAAUGGGACAAAAUAACAUAAUAAAAGAAGAGAUAGAGUAUUUUCUUGAUAACCUUACCACCCUUUCCCUGGAGGAAUCCCAAGAAUUACAGAAACUCUUGAUCGAAAAUGGCGAUAGAUUUUACGAUUUGAAUAUCACCAUGCCAGAGAUUAUGACAGAAGAUUUGAGACCUAUAUUGACUCUUUUAUUGACAAAGAAAUUGAUUAAAGUAAAUGAAAAGUUGAUUGGUCUAAUCAAAAAUGAUAAUGAAUUGAUGAAUUUAAUAUAA